GAGAAGUUGUGAGGGAGCCAUCUGCCUGAAUUAAAGCCCAUAUAUCCGAAAGUCUGCAGUGGGGAGAUUUCCCUAAAGUUCCAGAAAUAUGUGUGUUUGAUUGUGGCCUAUUGCCCCAGGCCCAGGGCUGUUAUAUAACACCAUACUGGAAAGCUGGAGCUGCAGCUGAUGAGGAUUCCAACAGAGAUUCCAUCAACAGUCACACUUUAUCCAAUCACGUCUUUAAAUGCAUUAUUGUCCCUGAUCCUAUAAAAGGGAGGAGCCUUGGGAAGGCACAUCAGAUGAACCCAGUUCAGAAAGUGAGUCACACAGCGAGUCCUCAGCCUUCAGCUCAAGAUUACACAGUCUGAAGUUCAGUCUUCUGGAGGAGUUUGCAGUUCUUAAACAUCCACCAGUUGUUGAAAGAGAUCCCCCAAGAAACAAGUCAGCAGAGAUUGAAUCCCUGAAGUUGCGGCUCUCUGAGAAUUCUUGUUAAGAAUGGCUUUAGACCUCAGAAUCUCCUUUCAAGAUGAACCAUCCAGGAAGGAUCCUGGGUCAGAUAAUCUAGAGCUUAAACCCAGCCAAGGAUCUGCCAUCCAGGAGGGAGAGGGGAUCUCUGAGUUCCGGAGCACUCAGCUCAGCUUAUUUCAAAACAGCAAUAACUCAUGUGCAAGGCAGGAGCUGCAAAGACUCUAUAAAUUAUUUCACUCAUGGCUGCAACCAGAAAAACACAGCAAGGAUGAAAUAAUUUCUCGUUUGGUCCUGGAACAGUUUAUGAUCAAUGGCCGCUGCGGUGACAGGUCCACUUUACAAGAGAAAUGGAAUGCAAGCGGCAGAAACCUGGAGAAAUUCAUGGAAGAUCUGACCGAUGAUGGCAUGAAGCCACCUGGCUUAGUCCACGUCCACAUGCAGGGACAGGAAGCCCUCUUUUGUGAGAAUAUGCCCUUAAGAGAAGUCAUUGUUCACUUCACAAAACAGUUGUCGACAGGAACUCCAGCAAGAGAGAACAUGGGGACACCUUUCUGGACUCCUCAAGAUACUUCCCUGGAAACAAGACAAAAAAGUGAAGGUAAAGAAAAUGGUGGCAACAUUUCUUUGAAAACAUGUCAAGUAAAUGACCGUAUUGCUAGUCCAAACAAUCAAAUACCUUUCCUACUCAUUAUCCAAGAAGAGAACAGUCCGAGGCCUGAAGAAGGAGGUGUUUGUUUGGAGAAUCCACUCAGCUCCAGAAGAGCAGGUCCAGGCCCCUCCAGGUCCCAGGAAGGGUCCCUGAAAGGACCCUCCUAUCAAGAUGUCCUUGUGGAGGUGGAACCAGAGUUUCUCUUCAAGCCAGACCAGGUCACCCUUGAGCCUGUUUCUACCCACCAGAACACUGAGGGGAACUCUGCACGUGGGGAACACCAAGAAAGAUUCCACGGAGCCCCAAAAGUAUACAAAUGUGAGACGUGUCCCAAGAUCUUUAGGUAUUCCUCUCGGUUAAAAGUUCACCAGAAAAGACACAAUAAUGAGAGGACAUAUAUUUGUGCCGAGUGUGGCAAAGGCUUCUUCCAGGCAUCAGACCUACAUGUGCAUCAGAGGAUUCAUGCAGGAGAGAAGCCUUUCAUGUGCAGCAUGUGUGAAAUGGCCUUCAGCCACAAAACCAACCUUCGGGCUCACGAGAGAAUCCACACGGGAGAGAAGCCCUAUGUAUGUUCCCUUUGCCAGAGACGCUUCCGCCAGUCCUCCACCUACCACCGCCACCUUAGGUUUCACCAGAAAAUUGCCCUCAAAAGUGUUCCCUCCACGUUAAAUGCUUCCUUGGCUAUGGCCCCAAUGUGAUGUAUAGAAAUUAUGUAUGUGCGUAUGUUUAUUUCCAUAGUACUGCUCUAUAGAAUAUACUUUAUAAAAAUAAUUAAAGGGCUUCCCUGGUGGUGCAGUGGUUGAGAAUCUGCCUGCCAAUGCAGGGGACAUGGGUUCGAGCCCUGGUCUGGGAAGAUCCCACAUGCUGCGGAGCAGCUAGGCCCGUGAGCCACAAUUACUGAGCCUGCGCGUCUGGAGCCUGUGCUCCGCAACAAGAGAGGACACGAUAGUGAGAGGACCACGCACCACGAUGAAGAGUGGCCCCUGCUUGCCGCAACUAGAGAAAGCCCUCGCACAGAAACGAAGACCCAACACAAGCCAUAAAUAAAUAAAUAAAUACAAAUUUUUAAAAAUUUUGUUAAAAAUAAUAAUAAUAAUAAUUUUUUUAAAAAAGUGGCAACUUCCCUGGCGGUCCAGUGGUUAAGACUCCUCGCUUCCACUGCAGAGGGCACAGGUUCCAUCCCUGGUCGGUGAACUAAGAUCCCACAUGCCUGGCAGCACGGCCAAAAAUAAUAAUAAUUAAAUAAGAUGAAAAAUUAAAAAAGGAAAGAAAAUAAAUUUUAAAAGACAAUUUAAAAAAAAGAAUGUAAUUUCCUGAUUGUAUUUUCCAUUUAUUGUUUCACCCCCCACCCCAAAAGAAAAAGUAAGUUUAUGAAGAGCAGGGAAUUUCUCAGUUUUGUUCACUAAAGUAUCUCAGGUGCAUAGAAAAGCAUCUGGCACAUUUCAAAUAACCAAUAAAUAUCUGUUGAAUAAAUGAAUGGAUGUGUUAUUUUGGUGUUUAUUCUUUAAAAUUUUGGCGUGUGCCCCAAGUGAGAAUGAAACGGAGCAGGACCCUAUGCUCCUUGCCCCCCCAUGUCCUCAGCCUGCUUUUGUCUGUGGAAAAACUUAAGCAAGAGAAUAAGUUUAAUCAGAGAAGUGAGAAAAUGCAGAGACAAAGGAAAACAGUCAAAGGAGACCAAAUAAUAAUUGUUUAGUCAUUAAGCAAAAAUCAAGGAUCUUUAGUUCCUCCUUAAAGACUGUAGAUAAUACUCUGAGCCAUUUCCUGAGCUGUCUUGUAGAUACUGAAACCCCCACCAGGUGGAAGAAGUUAACAGCAUGAUGACCAGGCUGUAGCCAUGACAUAAGCUGCCACAAUUCUGAGAAUUGGCCUCAGAGAAAUAGGGAAAGAACGGACCCUGAACCUGAAGACUAACUGUGCUUAAAACAAUCAAGAGAACGCUGAUCAGAGCACAGAUGACCAAUUUCAAGAUGACUGUUAGAGCUGACUGUGCUGUUUCUGCAUGUGGUCCCCUCCCUCUGUCUAUAAAAGCUGUU